AUGCCGCCGUCGUCGCCGCCCGCCUCGUCGUCAGCCUCCAAGCACCACGCACACGCGCGGUCCUUCAGCAAUGACUACUCGGCCGGCCAAGCCCCGGAGGCGCGUCGCCAUCGUCGCGGACGGACGCUCAACCUGACGGCUCGCGAGAUGAAUCCGCAACAGCUCCUCGGGCAGGCAGUCUCUCCUGGCGGCACGCUUACCCUUACAACCACCACCAUGGCCGGCCCGUCCUCACGCCUGUCCGAUACCGCAUCACCGGCUUCGCUACGACCUACUCCCGAUCCUGAGUCUCGUCCAUCCACGCCAACUUCCCAGCUGUCAGUUCUCAAGCCCGCCGCCGCUGGUCCCGUGUCGUGGUCUAGCCUCCCGCGCAAAGACCAGCUCGCCAUCCUCUUCCUCGCCAGACUCGUCGACUUCCUGCAGGUCGCCUCGCUGCAGGCCUACGUCUUCUACCAGCUCAAAGCGCUGGACCCAAGCGGCAAUGCCUCGGACGCGCGCAUCUCGCAGCAGGCGGGCAUCCUGCAGGGCUGCUUCACCGGGGCGCAGGUCGCCACCGCGAUGCUCUGGGGCAAGGCCGCCGAUGCAGGCUGGUGCGGCCGGAAGAGGGUUCUUGUCAUUGGGCUGGCCGGCACGGCGCUUUCGUGUCUGGGCUACGGCUUUGCGACGACGUUUUUUUGGGCGGCGUUUUGGAGAGCCUUUGGCGGUGCUGUCAAUGGCACAGUGGGCAUCAUUCGCACCAUGGUGGCGGAGAUUACCAAGGAGAAAAGGUACCAGUCAAGGGCGUUCCUCAUCCUGCCCAUGAGCUUCAACGUCGCGGGCAUUUUCGGCCCCAUCUUGGGCGGCGUGCUGGCCGAUCCUAUGAAGACGAUGCCGGGGCUCUUUGGCGAAGGCGCCGUCUUUGGCUUCCAGUGGAUUCACAGCUAUCCGUAUGCUCUACCGAGCCUUGUCAACUUCGUCUUUUUGACGAUAUGCACCGCCAUUGUCUUUUUGUUCUUGGAAGAGACGUCCAAAGAGAGAAGAGGCAAGUUUGACUACGGCCUCCACCUUGGAGACCGCGUCAAGCAAGUGGCCUUUGGUAUCAAGCCUACGAACAACGGGUACACCCAUCUGUCUGCCGAGGGCGAGGACAUUCCGCUCAAUCCCGUCCACGAACCAGCUGUCAAGGCGCAGCGGCUGCCAUUUCGGCGGCUGUGGACGCGCAACGUCGUCUUUACCCUCAUUACCGGCGCCUUUUACGACUUUCAUCUGGGCGCCUUUGGCAAUAUUUGGUCCUUGUUCCUGUCUACGCCGAGGUACGCCACACCCGAGGCGACUGAGAGGCGGCGCGAUCUGCCGCUGCUUUUCACUGGCGGCCUUGGUAUGCCAGCGUCGACUGUCGGCUUCGCGACAUCCUUUCUGGGUAUCCUGGGCAUGCUACUGCAGGUCACGCUUUAUCCACCGAUCCAGGCCCGACUGGGCACAAUUCGCUCGUUCCGCUACUUCCUGUUCCUCUUCCCGGUCGCUUAUUUCGUCGCGCCGUACCUGUCUAUCCUGCCAUCGUCAACGGCGCCACCCGAACCCGCGGGAGGGGGCUUCAUCUGGAUUGGCAUCAUUCUCGUGCUGCUCCUGCAGGUUACGGCGCGCACGUUUACCCUCCCCGCGAGCAUCAUCCUGCUCAACAACUGCAGCCCGCAUCCCAGCGUGUUGGGCACGAUCCACGGCCUCGGUCAGAGCGUGUCGGCCGGCUUCCGGACCGUCGGGCCCGUCGUCGGCGGGUGGUGGUACGGGUAUGGGCUCGACAUUGGCAUGGUGGCCUGGGGAUGGUGGGGGGUCGCGGCCAUGUCUGCGCUUGCGUGCGCAUCGGCGAUGGGCAUGUACGAGGGCUCCGGGCACGAGGUGUUUCUGGAUGGCGAGGAGGAAGAAUAG